AUGAAGCAAGGCCAAGGCUUCCUCCUCGUCUUCUCCAUCACUAGCACGUCCUCUUUAAACGAACUCUCCGAGCUCCGCGAACAAAUCAUUCGAAUCAAAGACGACGAAAACGUCCCAAUCGUGAUCGUGGGCAACAAAUCUGAUCUGGAAGAAGACCGCGCCGUACCGCGCGCCCGCGCCUUUGGCCUAUCCCAAAAAUGGGGUAACGCCCCAUACUACGAGACCUCUGCCCGGCGCCGCGCAAACGUCAACGAAGUCUUUGUCGAUCUGUGUCGCCAGAUCAUCCGCAAAGACUCUGAGGGCUCAAGGAGCAACAGCGAUCCCAACCGCAAGCGCGAUGGCUCGAACCGCCAUGACCGCAAGAAAGAAAAUCGCCGGCCAAGAAAUCGCCGCGGACCGUGUGUUAUCCUUUGA